UAAUGUCACGUUGAUUGUCAGCAUAAUAAGAAACUGACACUUGUAGAUAACCACAAAAAUCCAAAAAAAACAUUGAUACCUGUUUCAAUGUGUAUUAAUAAUGUUGUGUAAGCCUUUGAAAUAAUUCAAAAACUAAAAAUGGAAAAUUACAGCAAAGGAAAAAAUGUGGAGGAGGAACUGGAGCGUAGUAAAAUACCUAUCAAAGAUAUGCCUGAAGAUUUUCUUUGGAUGCAAGUAAAAGGUGGUAGUAAGAUGGCUAAUUUGUUGUCUCACGCAUCAGGUAUUCUAGAAGAUAAAGCAACAACCACUGUGGUGUGGAGCGGAGCUGGAGUUGCCAUAGCUAAAGCUAUAUCAUGUGCUGAAAUUCUAAAAAGGCAGUUUUCUAUUGAACAUCAAGUGACAAAACUUAUUUACAAAACUGUGGAAGAAUUCUGGGAGCCUAAAGUAGAUGGUCUAGAGACAUUAGUAGUAAAACGACAAAUACCUAUCAUUCAUAUACUGCUAUCAAUGACAGGGAUUCCAGAUAAAAAUCAAAUUGGGUACCAAACAUUACAGGGGAAAAAGUUCUGGCAAAAAGAACAAAGCAGCAACUCUAAGCAGAAUCAAUCUUAUAAGUCUAAGAAACCUUUUAAACAUAAGAAAACAUAAACGGAUACAUUUUAAA